UCUGUAGUCCGUGCCGCGCGGACGGCGUCGCCCAGCACCGCGUAGUGCUGCAUCGUGUGUGCGUGACGUUAUGCCCAGUGUCGCGUCGCGAGUGACAAGAGGCUAAGAAGUAAGGAGUAGCACCUCGACGGCGUCCUCCUCGCCACCAUGAGCGGAGUCAACGGCUUGAACGGGCACGCCGCCAACGGCUCGUCGGCCAACGGCCUGUCCACCAACGGCACGGCCAACGGCGCCUCGGCCACCAACGGCAGCGCCGCGACCUCGGCGACGGCGUCCCCGCUGGCCACCCUCAAGGCGCGCGCCAGCAUCGGCGCGUCGGCGGCCUCGCCCGGCUCCUACAUGUACACCAGCUCGUCCAGCCUGCUCAAGGGCACGUCGGCCAAGCCCGUGCCGCCGCCCACGCUGCCCAAGUACACCAGCACGACGGCCAUCACGUCCUCCAUGACGGCCUCCAACAGCCUGGCGGGCGUCGGCGCCUCGUCGGCCAGCUCCACGUACCGCCUGGCCAGCCUGGACCGCCUCGCGCAGCGCCAGCGCCUCUUCGAGACCACCACGGCGGCCGGCGGACCGCAGGGCCCGCCCCCCAACGCGCCGCCCCCGGUGCCCACCACCGUGCCCGGCUCGGGGGCCGCGGGGGCGGCGGGGGCCGCUCAGACCCCGUCCAACGGCGACCUGCUUCAGAGCAAGCGAGAGCAGUUUUUCAAGAACGAAGCGCCGUCCACCCCCACCAUGCCCGGCCCCACCCCCGGCGCAGGGUCCGCCCCCUCCGUGCCGCCGCCCACCGCCCCCGCCCCCUCCGCCAUCAAGGAGGCCCUGGCCAAGCGGGCGGCCGAGCGAGGUAGGCUCAAUGGUGACUCGAUUAACAAUGAAGAUAACAAGGAACGUUACAACAAAGAAAACAAAGCCCCAGAACGAAAGACAAAGGAACUUGACGGAUACGUUGGUUUCGCUAACUUGCCAAAUCAAGUCUAUAGAAAAGCUGUGAAAAAGGGCUUUGACUUCACUCUUAUGGUUGUUGGUGAAUCGGGUUUGGGCAAGUCAACGCUCAUCAACUCAAUGUUCCUGUCUGAUAUCUAUUCCAAUGAACACCCUGGUCCAUCAUUGAGGGUCAAGAAAACGGUUGCAGUCGAAACCAGCAAAUGUCUUCUAAAGGAAAACAAUGUGAAUCUUUCAUUAACUGUUGUUGAUACUCCGGGCUUUGGUGACGCUGUUGACAACAGCAACUGUUGGGCUCCCAUAGUGGACUACAUUGAAUCGAAGUAUGAAGAAUAUUUGAAUGCUGAAUCUCGAGUUAAUCGCAAAAUACUCUCAGAUAGCAGAGUGCAUUGCUGUCUGUAUUUUAUUGCUCCAUCAGGACAUGGGUUGAAGCCCCUUGAUGUUGAGUUCAUGCAGCGGCUACACGAUAAAGUCAACAUUAUCCCAGUUAUUGCAAAGGCUGAUACAAUGAUUCCAGAUGAAUGCAAUCUUUUCAAAAAACAGAUUCUCAAUGAAAUUGCACAACACAAAAUAAAAAUUUAUGAAUUUCCUGACACUGAAGACGAAGAGGAAGUAAAACAACACAAAGGACUGAAAGAUCGUGUGCCAUUUGCUGUCGUGGGCUCAAACACUGUCAUUGAAGUUGAUGGAAAGAAAUUAAGAGGACGCAAGUAUCCGUGGGGUAUUGCAGAAGUUGAAAACCUGGAGCACUGUGAUUUUAUUGCACUGAGAAAUAUGCUGAUUCGGACACAUCUACAAGAUCUCAAAGAAGUUACCAACAGCGUCCACUAUGAGAACUAUCGCUGCCGGAAACUGGCUGGCCUUGGGACUGAUGGCAAACCAGGAAGAAUAUCGAACAAUGUGGCCACUCAAGGAGUUAUGAACAGUUUCAUGACAGUCUGGAACCCUCUGGCUCAGAUGGAAGAGGAAAAGAGAGAUCAUGAUGCCAAGAUGAAGAAAAUGGAGACCGAAAUGGAGCAAGUCUUCGAAAUGAAGGUCAAGGAAAAGAAACAAAAGCUCCGGGACUCUGAAGCAGAUCUCCAACGCCGCCAUGAGCAAAUGCGAAAGUCCCUGGAACAGCAGCUUCGAGACCUUGAAGAGAAGCGAACAGCCUUCGACAAGGAGAAGCAGUCCUGGGAACAGCAGAACGGCGUCACCUUACAGGAGCUGCGUCGGCGGUCAUUAGAAGCCAACAGCAAAGAGAAUGACAUGUGCUCUGCCGACGACCUUAUGGCCCUGCCCUCAAAACCCAGCAAGGGCGGUCCGAACGCCCCGCGCAGACGUCACUCCUUCCAUCACCGCAACAUGGCCGCUAAUGCUAGCGAGUGCAAGCAGCAGUGACAUGUGGACAUGCUUUCUCUUGUGCCUUUCAUGGUUCACUCUUAUCGUUUUAUUUUAUUUUUUUGGUUCAUGUUUCGUUCAUUUGUUUAUUUCAUUGACCUUUGUGUUGUAUGAGGUUCCCCACUUCAUUGAGGGAUCUAGUAAUUAGCAACAGUAUUUAUUAUUAUUUGUGCUUGCGAUUUUUGUAGUGUUUCAUGUAUGUGUUCAGCAUCUAGUGCCUAUGUAUGACUGUAACAUUAUUUUUUGUUAUCUUUGUGGCCAUAUCUUAAUUUCUUUUAGUAAUUUUUAAUUUUCCUAAUUGUAAAUGAACUGUUGGUAUUAUUUUACUUCCUAAGUGCUUGUUCUGUGUGCACUGCAAUGGCUUUGCCAAUUAAUUUUACUGAGGCUGAUCUGAU